CAGGCAGAGAGCAUGCAAGUAGUGACAUAGUGAUUAUAACGGUUCGAUAAAACUAUAGUGUUGAUUAAACAAUGCUGUGAUAUAUAAUACCAAUGAUAUAAACCCUAUUGACUUAAUGUGAUCUUUCAAUAAAGUUCUAAGACUUUAUUCAAUUAUUAACUACUAUGAUGUGGUUUACUCUAAUAUUUAUUUUCGGAGUAACUGUAUUAAUAAAUAAUUCUGAGGCAAAAAGCGUACCGCCUCCCGCUGGAAAUGAGACAGCAAGUCAAGUACAAAACAAAGAUUUUAGCUUGGGUUCCUGCAUAUGGGCCAUAAGUCGUACCUGCCCAGAUAAAGAUGUCUCCUUUCAUUUGUAUACAAGACAAAAUCCUCAAACGGCACAACUUGUAUAUAUUGCUGGUGAUUCUCAGGCCUCAAAUCUAUCACAAUCCUUUUACGAUAGCCAAUAUUCCAGUAAAAUAAUCAUACAUGGAUACAAUGCUAAUAUGUUUUUACAUUCCCUGGCCUUGAUGAAGGAUGAAUAUUUAGCCAAAGAUGAUUACAAUAUAUUCUAUGUGGAUUGGAGUAAUUUGGCUUUAGGUCCUUGUUACCUUAACGCUGUCUACAAUAUACAACAUGCUGGAGCAUGUGUGGCUCAACUGGUGGAGCGGAUACGAGAUUUAAAUAGCUCAGAUAUUCACCUUAUUGGUUUCUCAUUGGGAGCUCAUAUGACCAAUUAUGUAGCCAAAAACUUAGAUAACUUUACCUUGCCUCGCAUUACAGGUCUGGAUCCCGCUUUACCCUUGUUUGUUACCUCGGACAAUGGUGAAAAGUUGGAUGAAUCGGACGCCAACUUUGUGGAUGUAAUUCACACAAAUGGCUUGGUCCAGGGUAAAUUGGAACGGUGUGGGCAUGCUGAUUUUUAUAUGAAUGGAGGCAUAAUUCAACCGCAUUGUUUUAAGGAUAAUCCCAUAAACCCCUUUCCCUGUUUCCAUCAUCGAGCUUUGGACUAUUAUCAUGAAUCGAUACGUUCCACAAGUGGUUUUUGGGGAUGGAAAUGUAGUUCAUAUUUAGCAUAUAUUUUGGGUUAUUGUCCACGUACCAAUGAUGAUUUGUUUGAAGCUGGAGAAAAUGUCAAGACCACUACCAGAGGUAUGUUUUUGGUAGAUACCAAUGGAAAACCACCUUACGCCAUGGGAAAAUGUAGUACAAAAGAUGAAAGUUCGAAAAAUAUAAGCCAACUCGAAACAAAUAAAACAAUAAAUGAAGCAUAUAUGCCUCCAACAAAGAGAAUUGAUCGCUUAUUAGCUGCCGGAGACCAAUGGGAUAAAAUAAAUUACAGUUUUAACAAUCCUCAUAAUCAUACAUCUACACCGAAUUCUAAAGGCGUAUGAUGGGAAUAGUGUCCAUUCAGUUAUAAUGGGAUUAGUGUCAAUGAUAUAAAAGUCAUAAAUUCUCAACUGUUGAUUUUAAGACCAGGAGAACUAACAUCUGAUAAUAAGCAACAUACAGAAAGCAGCAGACAUUGAAUAAACUCCACCAUAAAG